AUGAACAUUCAGUCUGCCAUCAACAAAGAGGUCUUCAUCCCUCGUGACGAGCGGUUGCUAGUGGCAGUGGAGGUGCGAAGGAGGAAAAGGAAGAGGAUGUCGUUCCUGCCUGCUGGAGCCAAACCAGACUAUGCUACAUUCAUCUGCAUUUCAGUGACCAACACGAGGCCACAUCAGCUCCUCAUUACAAAGGUGAAGCAAUUUGGUGGCUCCUCCUCCUUCACCAGGAGGUCCCAGUGGACGGUGGAGCAGCUCCGACAGGUCAACGGCAUCAACCCAAACAAGGACAGCCCAGAGUUUGACCUGGUGUUUGACAAUGCUGUGGAUCAAUGGGUGGCAAGCUCGUCAGCAGAAAAGUGUAUCUUUGUCCAGAUCCUGUACCAUGCCUGUCAGACCUACUGGGAGGGGAAAGCAGGGAGUCUGGGAAAGGCUGUGAAGCUGGCCAAGGUGGGUCACCAGAAGAUAGCAUCAAGUCAGCGCACUGUGCACGAGGGUGGAGCUAGUCCCAGUGACUCUCCACCAAAAUCUGCAUCCAGAACCCUGCAGGCCCGACGGAAGAGCUACGUUCCUCCCAGACAGGCAGAGUUCAUCAACUGCCAGUCCAAACUCACAGGAGACGCCUGCACCAUGAAUCUGGUCAUUUACCGUUGCAAAGCCUUCUUUAAUCGUAUGAAGAAUAUGAUGGUUGCAAACCAAAGUUGCUCACCAGGUCGAGGUACAGGUCAGCCUGGGCAGCGAGUUACAGGUAGCACUAUGGGUAAUGUAGUCCAGAGGGUGAAUGUGGCUCUGGGGGAGCGUGGAGAAAGACUGACUCAAGCUGAGGACAAGACUGUGGAGCUGAUGCACAAAGCCCAGCAGUUUGCAGACACUGCUCACAAGCUGGCCUUGAAGUAUUCAAAGUAG